AUGAAGCAGCGAUUCUCCAGCUUAGACGUCAAGGUCAUCGCGCACGAACUCUCAAAGGCGCUGACUUCUCUGCGGGUCACAAACGUGUACGACCUCUCCUCGCGCAUCUUCUUGAUCAAGUUUCACAAGCCCGACCAUCGCGAACAGCUGCUGAUCGACUCUGGCUUCCGCUGCCAUCUUACCGAAUAUGCGCGCACCACAGCCGCAGCGCCCUCAGCCUUUGUCGCUAAGCUGCGCAGAUACCUGAAGACCAGAAGAGUCACCUCCAUCGCGCAAGUGGGCACCGACCGCAUCCUCGAAUUCCAGUUCUCCGAUGGACUCUACCGACUCUACCUGGAGUUUUAUGCUGGUGGAAACAUCGUCCUGACCGACGGCGAUCUGAACAUCCUGGCCCUGCUGCGCAACGUAGAAGAAGGCGAGGAACACGAGAAGCUCAGGGUGGGGCUGCAGUACAAUCUGUCCUUGCGACAGAACUACAGUGGCGUGCCAGAGCUCACGAAAGAGCGCAUUCGCCAAGGUCUCCAAAAGGCCGUCGACCGCCAACAAGAGCAACCUGCAGGAAACGCAAAGAAGGCCAAGAAGGCAGGGAAAGACGCUCUGAGGAAAGCACUAGCCACCUCAAUCACCGAACUGCCUCCGCUGCUUGUCGACCACGCGCUGCACGUUGCCAGCUACGACUCGACCUUGAAGCCAGAGCAAGUGCUUGCAGAUGAAGGCUUGCUCGACGGGCUGCUAAAGGUUCUGCAAGAUGCGCUUAGGAUGACAAAGGAGAUUACAGAACCAGAUCAGGUCAAGGGAUACAUUCUGGCCAAGUCCAACCCCGCAGCACCGAGCGCGGAAGAAGAGGGUUCUGAGAAAGGCAGGCUCCUAUAUGACGAUUUCCACCCGUUCCGUCCUGCACAGUUUGAGAACACCGACCUCACCUUCCUCGAGUUCGAUGCCUUCGGCAAGGCUGUUGACGAGUUCUUCUCGUCCAUCGAGGGCCAGAAGCUCGAGUCCAAGCUACAAGAGCGCGAGCAACAUGCGAAGAAGAAGUUGGAAAAGGCGCGCAAAGAGCACGAAGAGCGUAUUGGUGGGCUGCAGAAGGCUCAAGAGCUGGAUUUCCGCAAAGCAGAAGCCAUCCUCGCAAAUGUUCACCGCGUUACGGAAGCAACAGAUGCUAUCAACGGUCUCAUCACACAGGGCAUGGACUGGGUAGACAUUGGACGUUUGAUCGAGCGGGAACAGAGCUCGGGCAACGCUGUCGCGCAGCUCAUCAAGCUGCCGCUGAAGUUGCAAGAAAACACCAUCACGCUGCUCCUCGACGAGAACACCUGGACAGAGGGCCAAGAUGAGGAAGACGAGGGAAACAACACUAGCUCGGUCAGCGAAGACAGCGAUGACGAGGACGAUGGCAACAAGAAGAAGGCUGCGCCCGUAAAGGUAGCCGCGCAACCAAAGCUUACCGUAGACAUCGACCUCGGCCUAUCUGCAUGGGCGAACUCGACGGAGUACUUCGAUUCGAAGAAGAAUGCCGCAAGCAAAGAGGAGCGUAUGUUGCAAGCAUCUGAGCGAGCACUUAAAAGUCACGAGAAGAAGGUUGCCGAGGACCUCAAGAAGGGUCUGAAGCAAGAGAAGGAAGUGCUGCGACCUGUGCGCAAGCAGCAGUGGUUUGAGAAGUACAUAUACUUCAUCUCCUCAGAUGGCUACAUGGUGCUCGGCGGGAAAGACGCUCAACAGAACGAGAUCAUCUACCAAAGAUACCUGCGGAAGGGCGACGUCUAUGUUCACUCCGACCUGAAGGGAUCCAUACCUAUGGUCAUCAAGAACAACUUGAACACUCCGGAUGCGCCUAUUCCGCCAUCUACACUUUCACAAGCGGGCAACCUGUCUGUCUGCACGUCAGAGGCAUGGGACUCGAAGGCCGUCAUGUCGGCAUGGUGGGUCCUCGCUGAUGGCGUCACCAAGACUGGUCAGACUGGAGAGUUCUUGCCCCCCGGUGUCUUCAACAUCAAAGGCAAGAAAGAGUUCCUGCCACCUGCGCAGCUCAUUGUUGGCCUUGGUGUGAUGUUCGAAAUCAGCGAGGACAGCAAGGCUCGCCACCACAAGCACCGAGUGCAAGGUGGUCUGGUCCCUACCACAGCAGAGGCCGAGGCGGAAUUAGCACAGGAAAAGAAGACGGCUCAAGCUGGUGAGACUGCAGACAGCGACGACGACGAUGAUGCUUUCCCGGACGCAAAGAUGGCAUCUGACUCUGAAGAGGACUUCCCCGAUGCGAGAAUGGACGAUUCGGAUGAGAGCGACGCCGAUUCUGAAGCAGAAGCGCCUUCUAACCCACUUCAAUCGAAGACUGCAGACCAGAAAGCCGACUCGGAAGACGAAGAGGACGGUGUUCCUUCGCCGCAGAGUGAGCCUGUUGCUGCUACUUCGGAGAACGAGACUGCGCAAACCCAAGAGAAAGACAAGACCGGAGACAAGUCGGGUAUCCGUCACUUAUCAGCACGAGAGCGUCGCCUUAUGAGAAAGGGCCAACUACCAGACGCAACGCCGGGCUCAGCUGCUGCUGAAGAGAACGACGAUGAGGGCCACUCAGCCGGCAACGAGUCGAAGCCUGCCACACGCGCCCCUGGGACCGUCACGUCGCAAGCCACGAAGAACAGCUCAGCACCGCUGCCCCGCGGCAAACGAGGAAAGGCAAAGAAGCUCGCCACCAAAUACGCGGCGCAAGACGAAGAAGACCGCGCGCUGGCAAUGCGCCUUCUCGGCUCCAAAUCUGGUCAAGUGGCCGCUGAAACCGCCGCAAACGACGCCCGCAAAAAGGAAGAAGAAGCGCUCGCUAACAAGCAACGUCGACGAGAGCAACAUCAGCGUGCUCAAGACAAAGGCAAAGCGGCUGAAGAAGCGCGCCGCGCCGCACUCGAGAACGACGAUGAAGGCGAGGACGACGAGAGUCUGAAGAGCAGUCUCCUCAACCUUGACGCGUUCACAGGCCGUCCCUUGCCAGGCGACACGAUCCUGAGCGCGAUUCCCGUCGCAGCGCCCUGGGCUGCACUUGCAAGCUACAAGUACAAAGCCAAGAUCCAGCCCGGGUCUACCAAGCGCGGUAAAGCCGUCAAAGAAGUACUCUCGAUCUGGGAUCACGCAGGCAAGGACGCAAGGGCGACGGACAGACACAGCCAGGAUGUGGAGCGCAUCUGGCCGCGCGAGAUGGAGCUGAUCAGAGGAUGGAAGGAGCCCGAAGUAGUCAGCGUGCUGCCGGUUGCCAAAGUCAGGGUCAUGAUUGCGGGAGGCAGAAGGGGCGCUGCGGCUGCAAAGGGGAAGAAGAGCGCGAGGGGUGGCAGGGGGAGCAAGAAGAGCAAGUAG